AUGAACGCUCUGUAUAUACACGCGCAGAAGCAGAAGACGCAGUUGCAGCAGGAUAUCGCGAAGUUUGAGCAGGAUAACUUGACAGCGCCGAUCUCUUUGCAAGGCUCCAUAUCCGCGACGCUGGUGGCAUUCGAGAAGACCAUCGAGCAGUACAAGCAGCACUUCGACAAGCGGAGAGCCGGUGGAAGUAAUGACGAGGAGCAGCUGGAUCCCAAGUACGAGCUGCGGUUGGUGUCGCUGAAGAAGGAUCACAAGGACUUCGACGCGAAGUUCAAGGAAUUGAAGCAGAAAUACAACGAGAAUAACGCCAGGAGUAAGCUGUUCGAGUCACCGCUGGAUGCACAGACCGGUGGAGAGUCUGUGAUGAAUCAGAGGAGAACCGCUACCAAUGACCACACAUCGCAACCUGGGAACACUUCUAGUAACUAUGGUCUACCGAUGUAUGAUGGGUUGCAGAAGGAACAAUCUAUAUUCCAGAGAGGUAACGCACAGCUGGACAUGAUCUUGGAAAUGGGACAACAAUCGCUGGAUGAUAUUAUGGAACAAAACCAAAUCCUACUGAAAGUCCAAGAUCAAAUGUCUCGUAGCUUAAGGACUUUGGGUGUCUCCGAAGAAACAAUCCAAACCAUCAAUAAACGUGUGUUCAAGGAUAAAUUGAUAUUCAUAUUAAUAAUAUUUUUGUUUCUGGUCGGUGUCUACUACGUACUAAAAUGGUUCAGAUAA